AUGAUAAAUUUGACAUACGCUAAACUAAUGGAUAGUGAAGGCGUGAGGACUGACCCCCAGCUUCAGCAGUUCAUUGAAAUUGAGUCUCAAAAGCAAAGAUUUCAGCAGCUGGUACACCAAAUGACAGAAGUCUGUUGGGAGAAAUGCAUGGAUAAGCCUGGUCCGAAGCUUGACUCAAGGACAGAAGUAUGUUUUCUCAAUUGUGUUGAACGUUUCAUUGACACAAGCCAAUUCAUCCUCAAUAGACUUGAACACACUCAGAAGACAAGAGACUCCUUCUCAGACACCAUAACAGACUAACUGGAACCUGUGACCAGAACAGACCUCAUCUGUUCCCAUACCCCUUGUGAAAUAACGGUCAUUAAACAGUCAAAGAAAACAU